AUGAACUUUAUACCUUCAAUAACUAAGAAAUAUGAAGAUGAUCUUGGAUACAAGCUUGCUCCUUGCUUGCAUGAAAAUGAACCACCUUAUUCUUCAAGUUUCACUAAAUGGAGCAAACAACCUCAAGAUAUAGCCACCAAGCUUAUUUCCAUGGGAGAGAGGCUAGGGUUUCGAAAUGAAGGGAUCAAAGCUGAAGAAGAUAACCUAAAAUGGGGGUUAAGAUGCUUAAAUAUGGAUGAAACCCUAAAAAUACAUAGAAAAGAAAGCAGUUUUCGUAUACGGUGGGGAGUAUUUAAUUUGUUCUCUUGGGCCGACGAGGGAGCAUUUUUGUUCAUCUUUAUUCCCACUCACCUGUUUCCCCUUUCUUCCUCCACCUCUCCUUCUCUCCAUCGCGUUUUUCCUUCGAUCAAAUCGAUUUCUUCAUAUAACAGCAAGCCGAAAAAGGAUCCCGUAUUCUAUACCCAAUCCAUGGCGCUUGGCUCAGGAGGAUCGAGUGUCGUGGUGCCUCGAAAUUUCAGAUUGUUGGAGGAGCUUGAGCGUGGAGAAAAGGGUAUCGGAGAUGGCACUGUGAGCUAUGGAAUGGAUGAUGGUGAUGAUAUUUAUAUGCGUUCUUGGACUGGCACCAUCAUCGGCCCUCACAAUUCUGUGCAUGAAGGGCGCAUCUACCAAUUGAAGCUAUUUUGUGACAAAGAUUACCCUGAGAAGCCUCCUACUGUUCGUUUCCAUUCUAGGGUUAACAUGACUUGUGUCAACCAUGAAACUGGAGUGGUGGAACCAAAGAAGUUUGGGAUAUUGGGGAAUUGGCAAAGGGAGUACACAAUGGAAGAUAUAUUGAUUCGGUUGAAGAAAGAGAUGGCGUCUCCCCACAAUCGCAAGCUCGUUCAACCCCCGGAAGGCACUUGUUUCUAGUCGGUGAAGGAAACUACUACUACGGGUGUUGUAAUAGAUGACAUUUUUAAUGGUUUGAUUGCCUUGAAAAAAAAAAAGCCAUGUGAAUGCUUGGUGAUUAUGUUUGAUUAUUAUUAAUGGGAUUUGUGUUCGUGUCAAAUGUUUAAUAUAUAUGUAUUUCUUUUUCUACAAACCAGAGUUUUUAAUUUUUACAAUCACCCAUAAUAUUUCGACUUAAAACUCAUAUUAUGAUGUGUGAGUAUUCGUGUUUACUAAUAUAUAUGUAUUUUUUUUUUCUGCAAAAAA